ACUCUCUCUCUCUGUGUGUCACUGAGUAACUUUUAUGAUAUGGGUCUGAAUGAUUAUUAUUGUGUUAUUGUAUGCUCAGCCGUCCCACAAGACAUUCAUGAUUAAGAAGAAGCUGGCUAAGAAGAUGAGACAGAAUAGGCCUAUCCCUCACUGGAUCCGCAUGAGGACUGACAAUACCAUCAGGUACAAUGCAAAGCGCAGGCACUGGCGCCGUACCAAGCUUGGAUUCUGAUUGAGGUGUUUUUUGUUCGUUUUAUUGUCAUUGCAUAGUUUCAAAACACAAACAAUGUGUUUGCGAACAUGUUUAUUUACUGUUUUAUAGGUAUAGGGCUUUCAUUUCCUUAAGAAUCCAAUUUGUAUGGAAUUCAUAAGAGUCCCUUCCCUUCCCUUCCCAGAUGUUUUUGACACUUGCAUUGAUAGUGGUGGUUGAUGAAGAGCUUUUUUGAUUAUGAGUUUCUGAUUCCAA